AUGAUUUCUAUUAAAUCUUUUGCUACUUUGUUUGUAAUUCUUGCUGUGAUGGCAAACUAUGCUUUUGCUACGCCGCAGACAAUGUUGGACUUGGUAAAUGCUGAACGUAAGAAAGCUGGCGUGGGCGCACUCGUACUCGAUGAUCGUCUUAAUAGCGCAGCCCAAAAACACAGCGAUUAUCAGGCGAAAAUUAAACAAAUGACUCAUGACGAUGCUGCUGGUGAUUUAGGUACUAGAAUCACAAAAGAAGGUUUUUCAUGGUCUGCCUGCGGUGAAAAUGUCGCCUGGAAUCAGAAAUCUGAACAAGAUGUCAUGAACGCAUGGAUGCAUUCUUCUGGUCAUAAAGCAAACAUUUUGAGUUCAACCUUCACUCAUUUUGGAUAUGGAGUAAACAGCCGUUACUAUACUCAAGAUUUCGGAACUCUCAUGGUCAAUAGUCAUGCUACUAAAGUUACAACAAAGAACAGUGUCACCACCGCUCCUCCUUCAAAGAACACCACCACCGCUGAAGCUCCUCCUUCAAAGAACACCAUCACUGAAACUGAUCCUACUACCACCAAUGACACUACUGAUAAACCUACCAAUAAACCUCACAAUAAACCUCAUAAUAAAUCUCACAAGAAGAACAAGAGAAAGGGGAGAAAGGGAAAAAAGUCUAAGCCACAAUAA